AUGGGACUCGAAGGAAUUUUAGACCGUGUAGUCUACCGCGUACGCACUGGCCCAUUGGAAGGGCGUGUAAACUACGUUCGUGCCUGGUAUCAGGAGAUCAUUUUGGAGCGUCUCUACAAGGUCUCGUGUCUGGAAGAAACCGGUACUGUUGUGUCUCAGACGAUUGAUCUUGAAGAGAAGAAGAUUUGGACCUUCGCGGCUUUUUCGAAGGGUCACCAUGAGAACCGCGAAAUGCUUCGUCACCCAAAGAUGACACACCUCGACUCAUGGAGAGAGCUUGCCAAGAUUGGCAUCCAGACGGACAGACAUUGCGUGCCACAUGAAGGGGUUAUUACUCAGGUUUUGGAAGGUCCUGGAUCUGAUCUUCCUGUCAUUGAGGACAGCUGGCCCGUCUUAUAA